AUGAAUUGGUUAGUAUCCCUGACAAUCGUCUGCUUGGCAGUGCAAUGCAGCACUGCUGUGCAGUAUCCGGAAGAUAUAUACAGCAGUUUGGCUUUCGUUUUCGAUACGACUGGUUCCAUGGAAAAUGAUUACUUACAGUUGAAAUCGCACGCGGAGAGCAUCAUGAAUUACGUGCUGACAAGGAACAACAGUGAUAUCAAGCAUUUCGUUUUUGUACCAUUUAACGACCCAGAUGUGGGACCUGUGACGGAAACAUUUGACCCGAAGGUAAUCAUGCACAAACUGAAUCAAGUACUGAUACGUGGAGGAGGAGAUUGUCCGGAAAUGGGUAUAACGGCAAUCAUACAGGCUUUAAAAAUAAUAAGACCAAAUUCGUAUAUUUACGUCUUUACUGAUGCGCCACCCAAAGAUUCGCAUUUAGUUUACGACGCCCUCGAGUUAAUCCAAAGAAAACAAUCUCAAGUGGUCGUCUUAAGAACAGUGCACGAUUGCAUAUCGACGGAUAAGAGUUAUGAAAAUAUUGCAUCAUUAGGAUCAGGUAACGUGUUUGAUGUUAACAAGGAAGAUGUAUCAAAAGUACUGCAAUUUGUAAAAACGUCAAUGGACACAAACCGAGUAAAUUUGAUGUCUAUCAAUAUCCCACAAAAACAAUUGACACCAUUUCCGAAAAGGCUGAAUAUCGACGAAAGCAUAAAGAGUCUCCAGGUCUCCGUCUCGGGACUCAAUUCUACCAUUGACGUGGUGAAUCCCGUAGGCAAGAAAAUGGAUGAAGCCCAUGGGUUGAUCACUGAUUUAGACUUGAAAAAUGUCAAAAUCGUCAACAUUCUGGAACCCAUACCCGGCGAAUGGACUUUAUACAUUACUAGUGAAUCUGCACAUACGAUUCGUGCUUGCGGAAUCAGCACAAAGAAUUUUGACUUCGGCUUUGCUACUUCAGUACCAAAAAAUAUGACGCAAACUAGCCACAGACCACUUAAAGGUGCCAAAAACUAUAUAUUAGUAAACUGUCCAGACGUUAAGAAAUUCGUUUCUUGUAAAAUUCAAGAUUUAAGCAGUGACGGUACUACAGUGGCGCUGCCAGUUUUAGAUUUUGGAAAAAAUUUGUUGUUAUGUGGUCCAUUCAUACCUAAAGACAAUCCUUUUUACGUACAGGUAUUUGGUAUGAACAACAAUGGUAAUUACUUCAAGCGCAUUACUAAAACUAGCAUUAUUCCAAACGAACCUGAUGCACCUUACAUAACUACAUCAACAAAAGCGGUCGGAGUAGUUGGUGGUGAAUUGCACGUCAAUUGUCUUGUCGAGUCAUUGGUCCCGUUUACAGUUACCUGGGAGUCGCAAAAUUACCCCAAACAAACUUGGAACUUUAGCCAAAGUUCAGAAAUCGAAUUGGUCGUACGCAACGUAACAUUCCAACAUGAGGGUAUUUUCACAUGUGGUGCAAAAAAUAUCGCUGGCUAUUCCGAAUCAACAACUAACGUCACCAUAAUAUCCAAACCAACGUUUGCCGAGGGGAGCGAUAAUGUAACCGUGGUAUUACCAGAAGGUGGAGAUUAUGCGUUUAAGUGUACGGGUCAAGGAGUACCCUCCCCCCUAAUGAUUUGGCUUAUGAAUGGAUCUCCUGUUUCUUCUUACAGCGACCAUAUUUUAGUCGUAAAUGACUUCCGGAGGUUGAUUAUAUUUGAUACUCCAUUGGGCGAUUCAAACGUGUACACAUGCAGAGCUACAAACGAGGCCGGGACAGUUGAGAAACACUUUAAAACCGUUGUUCAAGGUGAAACGCCUUUCCCGAAGAUAGCAAACGAAUCUUUGGUUAUAAACGAACUCGAUGACGUUCUUCUGAAUUGCCCGUUAAAGAACAUGAACCAUAAAUGGUUAAAGGACGGUGUAAAUAUCAAUGACUUAGUUUACAAAAGAGCAGAUGAACAACAUUUCAAACAAAUAAAUAGUUCAUUAAAAAUCUACGAACUGGAUGAUUUAGAUGGUGGCGUAUACACGUGUAUGAACUCCAAUGAAACGUAUACAUUUCACUUACGAAUCGGGUUCUCUCCUUCAUUCAUUAAAUACCAGCCCGAGACAAUGAUGAUUAGCAAAAAUGAAACGGUUGUGUUUGACUGCAGAGCAAAAGGAUUUCCAAAACCAAGAGUGUACUGGAGAAAACUUGAUUCCGCAUUCCCGAUAACUCCCUGGACCUUGCAUGGCAGCGAAUACCUGGAAUAUAAACAGGUACUAAAAAUUCAUAAUAUCGACUGGAUACAUAAUGGAACAUACACUUGUAUUGUUAAAAACAAAUUAGGGAGCGAAAAACGUCGUUUUGAAUUAUUUGUAUUCUAA